GUUUUUUUUUUAAUAAUGUGCGAAAUUUCAAGCCAGGUGUACGAUAGAGUGCAAACAGCAAUGUGGUUAACAACAACAAUAGUGGUGGUCGUUUCAAUAAUUGUCUGCAGAGGAGACGUGCCCUACACGUCGCACAAUUCGCUUUAUUUUUAUUGUAACAUAACUGGUCUUCAUAAUGAAACUAUCACGUGCAAGAAUAUGGUUGAUAUUAUUAGUUCUUAUCAUGUCCAUCCAACUGCUUUUAGAAACGCUUCAAAUCUUUAUAUCUUUGGAACACUCAAACAUUUGCAAUCUAUUUUAAGACCAGACACUUACAGCGAAAUGCAUAACUGGAAAAGGAUUAGAAUCAGCCACACUAUUUUGACAACGAUAGUACCUAGGUCAUUUUAUAAGAUGAAUAAUUUGGAGCACAUUGCUUUGACUGAUACUAGUAUUACGUACGUACAGCCCAAUGCAUUCAUGGAGUUGCCUAAAUUAAGAGAGGUUAUAUUGGCAAGGAAUAAAAUUGUUGACUUUGAUAACAACAUGUUUGUACUAUGUCCAUUUGUAAGGUUACUCGAUUUUGGAAAUAACCGGAUAUAUAACACCAAGGAUUUGGCUUUUUUUGGCGUAAUAGGAUCCGUACUACACAUAAACCUUAGUAAUAAUAGAAUUAACAGCUCGUUUAUAAACGUUUAUCAGAGUUAUACUGACCGUAUUAGAAGCUUGUGGUAUGCGCAUAAUAAAUUUACACAACUUAAAGUAGGAUGGUUCAAAUUAAGAAAAAAAUUAAGAGUAAUCAAUUUUGCCUACAACGAGAUAGGAUAUAUAGAGCAAAACACAUUCAAGGACAAUCCUAAUUUGCAUACGAUCAUUCUAUCUUACAACAAGUUGAUCAAUAUUCCUGUAACGAUGCUUCCAGCAAAUUUUUAUCCGAAUUUGAAAUAUCUGGCGAUGGAUCACAACUGGAUUAUGGGAUUAGAUACCAGCAAGCAAGGUCCUUUCAGACUCUUAACCAACUUAACAAAAAUAACUUUGGCUGGAAAUCCAUUUUACUGCAGUUGCCUUAACGAAGUUCUCAACCAAAUAAAGCACAUAAACGUACAACAGGUGUGCAGCGAGGAGGAACACACAAGGGAGAUUUGUAUCGCAGAAGAAGAAGAUCUCGAGACACCAUGUCAUUUAAUACCAGUAAAUGAGAAUUCAAUGAAUCGUGACUAUUUUAUUAAAGAAAAUACUGCACCAACUUCCUUUGAUCCGUUGUAUUGCCUUAUUGAUGAAUUUAUUAUUCCCUAAAUUUAUUGUUAAUAAAAAUCAUGAAAACUUGAGUUCAAUUAUACGUUUAAUAAGUAAA